UAAUUUUAUUAUAGUACUUGACAAAAGUCUUGAUGAACUCAUGGUUAGGGAUAAAGUGAGUAUGAAAAAAGCUAAAGGUCAAGACAAUUCUUCAGAUGACUUGCCCAAAACUGAUGUAGGUGAGAAAACUUUACCGAAAAUUGAGCCCAAGCUUCAAAUUUCAGCAGAAUUAGCACAGUCAAAAGCCUCCUAUGCCUCUCCAAAACUCUUCCCAUUCAAGAGAAAGCUGUCAAAAGAAACGUGUAAUCAAGUCAUUAAUAAAUUAACCACACAUUUUAUUGAUUCACCAAAGUUGGAUAAAAAUAAUAGCAUAGAUACAGAAGGUGAGCAUCAAACUGAUUCUUAUUGGGUUUUAGGUUCACAUUGUCCACUAUGUAGAGAAAAUCAUAUGAGUUUAGAUGGUAAGUGGUGGCUAGAUAGUCGAAGUAAAAAUACAUAUUAUUUACAUUGCACUAAUUUAAAAGAGCCAGGAAUUCCAUACGAUGAUGUACUAAAAGCAUAUUCUGGUAAUUCGGAACUGAUUCAAGAGUUAAAAACUCAAUGCUUCACAUCACCUAUCCCUUGGAAUCAUGUCCUUAUUUUACCAGAUAAAGGUAUAGUAGCAGAAGCAUAG